AUGCCGAAGGUGGUGUCGCGCUCCGUCGUCUGCUCCGACACCCGUGACCGUGAGGAGUACGACGAUGGGGAGAAACCGCUUCACGUUUACUACUGCCUGUGCGGGCAGAUGGUGCUGGUGCUGGACUGCCAGCUGGAGAAGCUGCCGAUGCGGCCGCGGGACCGCGCCCGGGUGAUGGACGCUGCCAAGCACGCUCACAAGUUCUGCAACGCGGAGGAGGAGGAGUGCGUCUUCCUGCGCAGACCAGAAGGCAUAGAGCGGCAGUUCAGAAAGAAGUGUGGCAAGUGUGGACUGCUGCUCUUUUAUCAACAUCAACAGAAAAAUGCUCCUGUGACAUUCAUUGUUGAUGGUGCUGUGGUCAAAUUUGGACAGGGUUUUGGGAAAACAAACAUAUAUACUCAGAAACAAGAACCUCCCAAAAAGGUGAUGAUGACCAAACGGACCAAAGACAUGGGCAAGUUCAGUUCUGUCACAGUCUCCACAAUUGAUGAAGAAGAGGAAGAGAUUGAAGCGAGGGAGAUUGCAGACUCCUAUGCACAGAAUGCAAAAGUGAUUGAGAAACAGCUGGAACGCAAAGGCAUGAGCAAAAGGAGGCUACAGGAGUUGGCUGAGUUGGAAGCCAAGAAAGCCAAGAUGAAAGGGACCCUCAUUGAUAACCAGUUCAAAUGAAAUGUUGCAUGUCUGCUGGGUAUUUGGAGACAAGAGAAGGCUACCAGGAGCUAUUGCAGAUCUGUCAACAAAGCAAAAGUAUCAGACAAUGUUCAAGAGUAACAUGCUGCAACCAGCUUAGAAGA